CUCUCUCUCUCUCUCUCUCUCGCGCGCGCGCUAAGCUCAUCUCUUUCUUCGUUGAAUCGACGAAGCAGUCAGGACAACCGAAAAGAUGGGCGCCGGCCAGAGCCGCGGAGAUCUUGAUCUCUCCGACUCCGACUCCGAGGACGCCCGGAGCCGGCACGGAUCCGACCGAGAAGACGACGCCUACGAGGACGCGAGGGAGCAAUCCUCCGGGGACCGCGCGCCGGCGAGGUCACCGUCGUCCUCGCUCGACGACGUCGAGGCCAGGCUCAAGGCCCUCAAGCUCAAGUACUCGUCCCCCUCCUCCUCCUCCUCGGCGGCGAAGAAGAAGCAGCCCAAUCUCGAGAACGCCGUGAAGCUCUACCUCCACAUCGGCGGCAACACGCCGAAGGCCAAAUGGGUCAUCUCCGAAAAGCUCGCUUGUUACAGGUUCGCGAGGACUAGCCGCGAGGGCGAGAGCGAUGGCGAGGAGGAGGAGGAGGAGGACGAGGAAGAUGAUGGGGGAGAGGGUUGGUGGGUUUUGAAGAUUGGGUCUAAGGUCAGGGCAAGAGUUGGCGCCGGGAUGCAGUUGAAGUAUUUCGGGGACCAGCGGCGGGUCGAUUUUGUCGCGGGGGGUGUUUGGGCGGUGAAGUUCUUUAGCAAUGAGGAUUAUAGGGCUUUUAUGGGUAGGUACCAGGAUUGUCUGUUUGAGAAUACUUAUGGGUACGAGGCGACGGAAGAGAACAGGGUCAAGGUGUACGGGAAGGAUUUCAUGGGAUGGGCUAAGCCUGAAGCGGCGGAUGAUUCGAUGUGGGAGGAUGCGGAGGAUAGUCUGUCGAGGAGCCCGGGGUCGGCGACUCCGGUUAGGCCGAGUCAGGAUCUGAGGGAGGAAUUCGAGGAGGCCGCGAAUGGGGGGAUACAGAGCUUGGCAUUGGGUGCGCUAGAUAAUAGUUUCCUGGUGGGCGAUUCGGGUAUUCAGGUGGUUAAGAAUUUCAGCCACGGAAUCCAUGGAAAAGGUGUUUUCGUCAAUUUCGAUAGCGGGAGUAGUCAUAGGAAUGGAUUAAGUAUGACCUAUUCCACGCCAAAGAAGGCUCUUCUUAUGAAGGCUGAGACUAAUAUGCUUUUGAUGAGUCCAAUUAAUGAAGGGAAGCCCCAUGCUAGGGGCAUACAUCAGCUUGAUAUCGAGACUGGGAAGAUUGUUUCAGACUGGAGGUUUGAGAAGGAUGGUACUGAUAUUACCAUGAGAGAUAUUGUAAAUGAUAGUAAGGGGGCUCAGUUAGAUCCCACGGGGUCAACAUUCUUGGGUCUCGAUGAUAACAGGCUUUGUAGGUGGGACAUGCGAGAUCGGAAAGGUUUGGUUCAGAAUCUUGCUGAUGCAAAUACUCCUGUUUUGAACUGGACACAAGGGCAUCAGUUCUCCAGAGGAACAAACUUUCAAUGCUUUGCCACUACUGGUGAUGGUUCCAUUGCCGUCGGCUCUCUUGAUGGGAAGAUCAGGUUGUACUCAAUCAAUUCGAUGAGACAGGCAAAGACUGCUUUCCCUGGCCUUGGCUCGCCUAUUACUCACGUGGAUGUAACUUUUGAUGGAAAGUGGAUUUUGGGCACGACUGACACAUAUCUGAUUCUCAUAUGCACUCUCUUCACUGACAAGGAUGGCAAAACAAAGACUGGUUUUAAUGGUCGAAUGGGAAAUAGAAUCUCUGCUCCGCGAUUGUUGAAGCUGACUCCUUUGGAUUCACAUUUAGCUGGAGCUGAUAAUAAGUUCCGUGGCGGUCAGUUUUCAUGGGUAUACAUUGACAUAUUAGAUGCGUACAGUCUUGUAAUUUGGGUUGGACUUUUGAGGUUUGAGUUCAUACUGUUUUAUGCUCAGGUCACUGAGAAUGGGAAGCAGGAGCGUCAUCUGGUUGCCACCGUGGGGAAAUUUAGCGUGAUAUGGAACUUCCAACAGGUGAAAAAUGGCUCUCACGAGUGUUAUCGUCAUCAAGAAGGCCUGAAGAGCUGCUAUUGCUAUAAAAUAGUCCCUAAAGAUGAGUCCAUAGUCGAUAGUCGUUUUAUGCAUGACAAGUUUGCAGUCACAGACUCUCCCGAGGCUCCUCUGGUUAUUGCAACUCCGCUAAAAGUCAGCUCAUUUAGCAUAUCCAGUCGUCGCUGAUAAGGCAAGGCGUUGACUCUUGCUUAGUCUCUCUAUGUUUUUUCAUCUUUUUGUCGCUAGGUUUAAAAUGUACUACUUUAAAUAGUUCAGUAGGUGAUUUGCUGAAAGUGUAGUUCUUUCACUUUGAUUUGUCGUACUCCAAAUAUGGUACCUGUUUGACUGCAACAAUAUAUCAUUGUGGAAGUCAUAGCAGUACUGCACUUUGUUAGUGUUAGUGGUGGAAUGAAAGAUGCUAAGGAACUGCUAUUUCAUUAGCAUAAGUACUCUUGAUGUUA